UUCAUGAUCCCUUGCAAGUGAGGCAAAUUCGAAUCAGUCUGAAUCAGUCGGUGGUCCAACGCUCAAGAAAACGGUUAUAUCGUUUUACUUACCGCGAUUCUGAGGGCUGGAGGGUGGGUUUACAUUCUUACUGUGAUUUCUUGAUUUGACGUACUUAAAAACUCUUAUUUGCCUCCCAUUGGACUAUUGUGCCUAAAACAACUCUUUCAUCUAGUUAUUUUGUUUUUAGCAAAUUUUGCAAGAGGAGGAUCAAAUUAAACAAAAUGAUGUCUGUCGUUGAAUAUUGGCGUGAUCUCAUAUACAAUAAAAAUGAUCCUAGAACAAAAGAUUGGUUUUUGGUAACAGGCCCAGGACCUCUAUUGAUGAUAGUUGUCUCUUACAUCUACUUUAGCACCUCAGCUGGUCCGAGGUACAUGAGAGAUAGAAAACCGUAUACUUUGAGGAAUACAUUAAUUGUAUAUAACUUUAUUCAAGUUCUUCUAAGUAUUUACCUUGUUUAUGAAGGACUUAUGGCUGGAUGGUGGAAUGAUUACAGCUUUCGCUGUCAACCAGUCGAUUAUUCUAAUAAUCCCAAAGCGAUGAGGAUGGCAAGAGGAGUCUACUUAUAUUUUAUCUGUAAAUUGAUAGAACUUUUGGACACCGUUUUCUUCGUAUUUAGAAAGAAACAGCGUCAAAUUUCUUUUCUACAUGUGUAUCAUCAUGCUAUGAUGCCAGUUUGUGCUUGGAUUGGUGUUCGAUACGUACCAGGGGGUCAGUCAACUCUUCUCGGUGUCAUCAAUUCCUUUAUUCACGUCAUCAUGUACACGUAUUACAUGCUCUCUGCUUUUGGUCCUGAGAUCCAAAAAUAUCUCUGGUGGAAAAGAUAUUUAACAUCUCUGCAGUUAGUGCAAUUUUCAAUCAUCCUCAUUCAUAAUGGACAAGUUCUUUUCACAGACUGCAAUUAUCCUAAAGUUUUAUCAUUUCUUCUUACUGUCAACGCCGCUUUCUUUAUCUAUCUUUUUGGUUCUUUUUACGUAAUAAAUUACACGAAAAGAUCUGAAUUACGUAAAUUUAAAAAAGUUACUAAUGACGGUAUUCAAUUUCAUGAAUCCCCAAAAACAAAGGCUGAAUAAAUAAAAUUUUUAUAAAGAAAAUUCCAACAAAUAAUUGUGAAUUUUACUUUAAUAUUAUUGCCAGAUAUAGUGAAAUAUGUAUUAAUCUGUAAUUGUGUCAAAAAGGACCUGUCGAAAUGACUUAUAUUAUACCGAUUAUUGAGUAUUAAGCAUUAUAGAAUUUUCUAUUUUGGCUUUGAAUGGUUAAAUUUUAGUUGAUACAAUAAGAUCCAGACCGCAUUACCAUAUUAAGCCUCGAAUCAUUUAGUAUAUUUCAUGAAAUAUUAUUCUUAACGUAAGGUAUUUGAUAAUUAAGCAUAAAUUAAUAAAGUAAAGUCAAUAAAAUGUAUUUAUAAAACACAACAGUAGAAGAUAUAAAAGAGAGAUAUAAGACAAAUAGAAAUUAAUGUAUUUACUUUUUUCUGGCACAACUUUUUCUACGAAAAAUGAGAAUUCUCUAAAAUAAGAUUCUCUUUACUUGAAAUACUGUAAAAGAAAGGUACAACUGAUAUAUUUAUUAUUUUUACAAGAAAACAUGAUUUGUAUAAUUGUCUGCAUUGCACUGUAUUUAUAAAAUGAACACAAAAAAAGUUACGCGACCAGAGUAAUGUUAAAAGGUAAGGCGACGAGGCGGUUUUUAAAAUUAUAAUAAAUCAAAAAGGACCAAAGUUGCAUAUGUUUAUAAACUUAACUAGCAUAAUCGCAAAGGUGCAAAAGUAAUUAUGCUGUUAUGCCUUUCUCCUACAGAGUUCAUUAAACUGUUUGAAUAGAAUUAAGAAUUUUAAAAAUUGGUGAUUAAGGUCUUACUUCCAUGAGAGUUGUUUUUAGCUAUAGACCAUGGGUAUAAGAAUGACAAACAAAUUAAUUUUAUAAAAGUUUUUUUUAAUAAUGUUCUUACAGGAAUUUAAUUUCAUAAGGGAGUUAUUAUAAAAUGUGUUUGGAGGACGUCUGCUUAUCUCAAAUAACAAAACAUGUAACAAACCAAAUAAAUUUUAAUUAGGUCAAA